AUGACAAAUUUAAUUCAUCAAAAAUUCAAAGACUAUGAUUUCCAUCUUGGAUGUGGGAACAUAGUGAAAGCUCCUUUCAUGACGAGCAAGAAGGAUCAGGAUAUAAAAGUUUGUGAUGGUUUCAAAGUCCUAGGUCUCUCUUAUAGGAGAAGUGAAAUUAUAAGCGUAGGUUCACCAUGUAUGUGUUUCUUCCAGAUUAUGUACAUUGAUGACCUGCUUUCAUUGGAUGAGAAGAUUGGUUCACAAUCUGGCUUCUUGGAACCAACUUCCUCAAACCCUAGAAGAGAAGCAACAGAAGUGGCAGAUUCUAUUAUUGAUGGUGAAAAUCUAUAUGUUUCAAGCAUGUUUCAAAAGGCAUUCAUUGAAGUAAAUGAAGGCGCAACAAAAGCUGGAGCAGCCACUGCCAUGGCGUGUGCGAGUUGUGCAGCAAAUUUCAAGCCUCCUCCUAAAUUACACUUUGUGGCUGAUCACCCUUUUCUCUUUCUAGUCAGGGAACAAAGAACUAGAGCCUUGUUGUUUGUUGGCCACGUGCUCAAUCCUCUUGCAGACUAA